AUGUCCUGGAAUUUAUACUUUGCAUAUUUUUUAAUAACUAUUGCAAUCUGUACAACGCAUACUCUUUCCCUACCUUCAAGUGGCAAAAAUUAUGAGAGUUCUUUUCCAAGCAUAAGAGAAGACAUUGACAAGGAUGGCUAUGAUAAUGCUUUGAAUAGUGAAAAUGUACUAUUAUCAUUAGCACCACUUUACAAGCCAAUAUCAUCGUCAAAAGUGUCUACGACAACGGAUACCCUAUCAACUUUAUCAAUACCGAAUGAAGAGGAACUCCUUCAGUUGCAAUCAGCCCUGAGCGCACAAGUUACUUCUGAGAUCACUAGAGCAAUACAACUGGAGCAAGAGGCAAGUGAAUCUGUUCAUCAAGCUGAAUCAUUACAGAAAGCAGCUUUAGAGGCUAAAAACCGGGCUAAAGUUGCACGUGAAGUAUUAAAGUCACUGAAAUCACUGUGGAACAAUGACAAGCGUGCUAACAUUUUGGAUGAUGAAUCCGAUAAAAUCAGGGAAAACAACAUUAUGGUACCAAUCAUAGAUCAUGAUUACUUAUUAGACGAACGAAAAAUCGGUCCCAUCGAUAAUGAUUACCGAGCUGUCAACGAAGACAUUUACGACAAAAUAGCCCAGAGCCAUAACUAUGGAAAUGAUGAGGAAAUGGUUAAUUUGGAAGAUACUACUACCAGUAGUCGAUACAAGAGGCGAAAAAAUUUGCCCAGUUUACCUAAAGAAUUCAUUCAUUUUGAUAAUGAUGACAUUGACACUGUGGACUUACUGAAGAAUUCUGAACAGAAUACAAGACGUUUAAGCGAAGCGGAACAGUUAACACUGGAGAAGAUACGUUUAUAUAUAUUGAAACAAUUAAUACAUAAGCAAAAAGAGGAAGAAGGACUACUGGACGAACCAUAUCAUCCUCGUCAUCAGUCUGAUAUUGAAGACGACGAUCACAAUGAUGCAGAUAGAAAUUCCUAUGUAAACCAUAGAAACAGAUAUUAUCAUAGUCGUCAUACACGACCAAGCAACCUUGAUUAUCAACUUUCAGAAAGUGAUUUACAACCGUGGCUAGUGAUAAACAAGCCAGAAGAUGAUGAGAACUAUGUGAAUAGUGAAGAUGAACCGCAUAUCUAUGGAAUGCCACGACAUUUACUAAGGCAAGUGAAUUUAAACACGAUAAACAAUGAAGAUCCACUUUUAUCCAUAUAA